AUGAAACUUUUUAUUUGUACACUUCUGGCAUUGAUAGCCGUGGCGGCGGCCCGCGACAAGCGCGGCAUCUACGGCGAGCCGGGCGGUCUGCUCUCCGCGCCAGCUCUCCACGCACCACUACACUCUGCUCCACUCCUUAGCUCAGCUUCGCUUCACUCCGCUCCGCUGCUGAGCCCGUCGCUUCACCACGCUCCAGUACUGACUGCUGCGCCAAUUCACUCGGCUCCACUGUACAGUCACGCGUCUCUGCACUCCUCGCCUUAUGAGCACGCGUCUCUGCACCACGAGCCACUAUUGAGUCACGCCUCGCUCCACCACGAUCUUGCGCCUCUGUUGAGCCACGCGUCCCUACACCAUGAUCACGCACCCCUCUUGAGCCAUGCCUCGCUUCACUCAGCACCACUUCUGAGCCACUCAUCUUUGCAUUCCGCUCCAGUACUGAGCUCUCACAGUCUUCAUUCUGCUCCGCUAUUGAGCUCUCACAGCCUUCAUUCUGCUCCGCUAUUGAGCUCUCACAGCCUUCAUUCUGCUCCACUAUUGAGCUCUCACAGUCUUCAUUCUGCUCCAUUGUUGAGCUCUCACAGCCUUCAUCAUGCCCCAGUAUUGAGCGCCCACAGUCUUCAUCAUGCUCCACUGCUGAGCUCUCACGCGCACCACGCUCCCCUCGUCAGUUCGUACGCGCAUUCCGCUCCAGUUUUGAAGAGCUACGCGCCGGCUCCUGUGCUCCACUCCGCUCCAUUGUUGACCGCCGCAGUGGUCAAACCUGUCCCAUUAUCGUACUCCGCGUCUCGUUAUGCCUCAGGAUGGUGAAUAAUUAAGUUAAA